AGUUGAUACUAGUUUUCUAUAGGAGUAACUAAACUAAGAGAAGAGAAGGAUUGUAUAAGAAAUUGUGUGUUUGAUUAACUGAGUCAAAGCAUAGAAAAUAGUAAAGCCAUAUAAAAAUACGGGAAGAUGCAAGAAUACCGGUUCCAGAGACAGCAUAACCCAUUGAAAAGUCAAAACCGAGACAUGCAUUCCAUGAGGACCCUGACAUAUCGGAUCAGUUUUAUACCAUAACGCUACGUAGUAUUUAAACAUGAGGAAGUCUGAGAACAUUGCAAGGAGUGUUGUUAGUUACAGUAGCAACAGAUUUAAGCUUCUAUCUUUUGUUCCUCAAACCACCUUGAUGCUUGAUCUCUUCAUCGAUCUCUAUAACUAGUUUUCAUCAUCUUCUUUAUUAAUAAUUAAAAAUUUGAGGUUCUUCCGUUCCAAUUUGGCUUUCACUUUCGUGAGUUUCAGGUCCAUGCUGUAGUGGUGUUUGUAUGAGAGGAUCGGAGCUGAGAUCGAGAUUGAGAGAGAGAGAGAGAGAAAGAGAGAGAGUGAGUGAGACGAUAUUAAUUAGAGUGAGGGCAGAGCCGGUAUCGGAAAAAAUUGAAAGUUUUUAAACCAUAAAUGACAAUAAGUUUUAAUAGGGUAAAUCCUGUGUCUUCCCGGGGAAUCUUGACGUUCGUUAUUGCUGGAUCUUCUUGCUGCUCUUUGCCAUCUCCAGAACUUGACACAGUUCCGGAGGAGUUCACCAUAUCUAUCACUAAGUUUCGCAAAAGAUGGAACCAGGAGUUGCUGCUCCAUUCACUGUUGCCUCCUCCAACAAUGUUGAAGAGAUCGAGAUAAGUGCAGCAGUAAAUGGAAGCAGCGGGGAAGAGACAGCUGGCGAAAAUGAAGGGAAAGGGGAGACUCCAGCAGGAGGGUGGAAAACUGCUUGGAUAUUGCUGGCGAAUCAAGCACUGGCGACGUUGGCCUUCUUUGGAGUGGGAGUGAACUUGGUUCUGUUCCUAACGAGAGUGCUGAGACAGGACAGUGCGGUCGCCGCAAACAAUGUGAGCAAGUGGACAGGAACGGUGUACAUAUGCUCACUCAUAGGCGCAUUCCUGAGUGAUUCCUACUGGGGUCGAUACAGAACGUGCGCUAUCUUUCAAGUCAUCUUUGUAGCGGGUUUGGGGCUCCUGUCUUUCACGUCCAGGAGAUUCUUGAUCAAGCCGGCUGGCUGCGGAGACGAGAACACAGAAUGCAGGCACCCCUCCUCAACGGGCGUCUCCAUCUUCUAUGUGUCCAUAUACAUGGUGGCACUCGGUUACGGAGGCCACCAGCCCACCCUCGCAACCUUUGGUGCAGACCAGUUCGAUGGCAACAAACAAGAUCAGAGCCGCUCAAGAGAGGCCUUCUUCUGUUACUUCUACUUCGCCCUCAACUUCGGCUCCCUCUUCUCCAACACCAUCCUCGUCUACUAUGAGAAUUCAGGCAUGUGGACAAUGGGAUUCCUCGUCUCCUUGGCCUCUGCCCUUCUUGCCUUGCUUUCCUUCGUCGCCGGUUAUCGCAAAUACAGAUACGUUGCCCCCUGUGGCAACCCUGUCGUAAGGGUUGCACAGGUCUUCGUCGCUUCCACUAGGAAGUGGAAGCUUCAUCCCGCCAAAGCAGAUCAACUCCACGAGGUCGAUGGUCCAGAGUCUGCCAUCAAAGGGAGUAGAAAGAUCAUGCACAGCCAAGAUUUUGGAUUCAUGGACAAGGCAGCAACAAAAACGCCGAGAGAUGAAAACGAAGGAAAGAAUCACUGGCGGCUCUGCACUGUAACUCAGGUUGAGGAAGCCAAAUGCGUGUUGAGAAUGUUACCGGUUUGGCUAUGCACCAUUAUUUACUCUGUUGUGUUCACCCAAAUGGCAUCUCUUUUUGUGGAGCAAGGGGAUGUCAUGCACAACAAGAUAGGAAAGUUUCAGUUGCCAGCAGCCAGCAUGUCGGUCUUUGAUAUCACCAGCGUCCUGCUAUGCACCGGAAUUUAUCGCCAAUUUCUGGUCCCGUUGGCCGGGAGAUUGAGCGGUAACCCCAAGGGACUGACUGAGCUUCAGAGAAUGGGAGUUGGCCUAAUCAUUGGAAUGCUAUCAAUGAUUGCAGCUGGUAUCACAGAGAUAGAAAGGCUCAAACGUGUGAUUCCUGGGGAGAAGGCCAGUUCUCUAAGCAUAUUCUGCCAGAUCCCACAGUAUGUUCUGGUUGGUGCCUCAGAGGUUUUCAUGUACGUGGGUCAAUUGGACUUUUUCAAUGGCCAAGCCCCAGACGGGAUUAAGAGCUUUGGGAGCUCACUCUGCAUGGCUUCAAUUUCUCUUGGAAACUAUGUCAGCAGCAUGCUGAUUUUGAUCGUAAUGGAUAUCACUGCAAAAGAGGAGAGGCCAGGCUGGAUUCCCAACAACCUCAAUGAUGGCCACAUGGAUAGGUGGUUCUUCCUCCUUGCGGUGCUCACUGCUUUGGACUUUCUCCUCUACUUGUUCUGUUCUCGCUGGUACAAAGGCAUCAACCUUGAAGAAACCACCGAAAUGCAAGUCCAACAACACGAGGAUCUUCAACUGGUUUCUAAAGUUUGACUUUAUUCCAAUUAUUCACUUCUUUUCUGUUCUAGGCAUUAUGAUUUACCAUUGUCCCUCUUGCUUUUAUUUACUUAGUCACACUGACAGAAAGCAUGACCUGCUCCAUUUCGAGAUAAUUGGGAUGAUUGCUUUCAUUGCUCACAUGCCAUUUUCUUCUUUGGACUAGAAUAAAUAUAAUUCCUUCAUUUAUACCGACUUGGUUUCACAAUAUCAUCUUUCAUGUUAAUUAUUAUGAGAGAGAAAGAAAAAAAAAAGAAAAACAGUUUGAAGAAGCAAUUUAUCCACUCUUUUUGUCCCAACCUUUUGGAAACUUCAAAUCUUGACAAGGACAAAAAAAAAAAAAAAAAAAAAAAAAAUU